AUGCCGGUCCCAGAUGCUAAAACACGUAGCAAAAUAAGCCUGAACCCAAGAGUCUUCGUUCCAAGCAGAUACUUGCCGAAAAUACUGAUUUCAAGCGCCCUGUUCGCGACAUCACUACACUUGGGAAAGGAUUGGCUCCUGGAGUACGAUGUGGGCAUCUUUUGGGUCGUGAUGAGAGUGUUGGCAUGCGGAGGUGUUGGUGUUAUGGUCUGGGAGGGCUUGACCGGCCAGCUGGCACGGCGGAAAAAUAUCGAGUGGUCUGCACUGGGGACAGCAUCAUUGCUUCUCUUCGCCCAACAGGCAUGCCUAUUCACCGCUCUGUACAGGCUGUCGUCGAUCCGUGUCACCCUCUUCACCCAAUUUUCCUCACUAUGGGUCGACAGCGUUCUCAACACGCGUUCCCCUCGGAGGGCUUUCGCAGUCGUCGUAGCCUUUGUUCUAUCUGUUCUCUCAGAUGCAGAGUUUGAUGCUGCAAAUUUCGGCCGCUUAAUGCCCGGCUAUGUCGCACUGCUCAUCCAUGGAGUAUCUUCAGCUGCCCUCAACCAUACUCUAGGAGUCAUCACUGCUUCUCUUGGAACCACGUUCACAAUCGCCACCACCACGUUCGGUGCUUCUAUCUUUGCCCUACCGUUCUACAUCUUCAGGACAGUGCUUACAUCAAACCAGACUCCGGCACUCCCUUUGAUCUCGUUGGCUGCCGUUCCUUUUAUAGCGUAUUCGCUGUUAUUCUUCCAUCCCUUGGCCACGCGAUCACUGGCGCAGGUGUCUUCCAUGCCGCAACAUGUCGUUCUAUCCUAUCCAUUCACUCUUAUUUUUGCAUCAGUGUUCGGGCCUCUUGCGUUUUCGCAGAUACCAUGUUGGACGGAUCUCUUCGUGGCUUUCUUGAUCUAUAUCGGUCUGCAACCAGAAAGUGUGGAAUCUAUGACUGCCGCUCCUCGCACUUCCACCUCGCGUCUGAUCCGAUCAUACCUUAAGACCAUAUUGUCUAAUGCCGAGUCUCGAAAGAUCUUCUACUUUCUGAUGCUCAACAUGGCGUAUAUGUUGGUUCAAAUGCUGUAUGGUGUAUGGACCAAUAGCUUGGGUCUAAUUUCCGAUGCGAUCCAUAUGGCCUUUGACUGUAUGGCCAUCGGUGUAGGACUCUUCGCCUCCGUCAUGGCAACCUGGGAACCAAACGAGCGAUAUACCUAUGGAUAUGGUCGUAUCGAAACGCUUUCGGGCUUUGCCAAUGGUAUAUUCUUGAUCUUAAUAUCUAUCUUUAUUGUGUUUGAAGCUAUCCAACGAAUUUUGGAACCACCAGAAAUGAACACAAGCCAGUUGCUACUGGUCAGUUCUUUAGGAUUGGCCGUCAACUUGUUUGGGAUGUUUGCCAUGGGCGGCCAUCAUCACCAUGUAUGUCAUUCUCAUUCUCAUGGACACUCUCAUUCGCACAAUGACCACGAUCAUGAUGCUUCCCAUCUCCCUCAUAACAUCUCUCCGCCUAAUACUCAUUCACACUCACAUUCUGCAUCUGUGUCGUCAGGUACCCAUUUGCAUUCACAUAGUCACUCGCAUUCGCAUUCGCAGUCGCACACACAUUCACCAGACUGUGAUGACUCGCAUCUUCAUUUAGAACCACAGUCUCCGCAUGUAUCACACGAGGAAUCUCACUCGGAUUCACACACACAUACAGGAUCGCACUCUGAAUCUGAUCUUUCGCACUCACACUCGCACUCACCACCUCCGCAGGUCAACGGUCACCACUCUCACGGACCCGAGCUUUCACAUCCUCCGAGUGCGUAUGCGGAGCGUACCAAGCGCCAUAUUCCUCCUUCGCUGAAAAUUCAUUCGAUAAAUGAUACACCGGUUCUUUCAGCAGUAACACCUCAUGUUAUUGCAUAUGAUGACGUCCCUUCGCCUAUCACCCCAACGUAUCGCUUUGGCGAUGAUCACCAUCUUCAAACAUCUCAUUCUCCUUCGGCCCACCAUCAUGACCACGAGGGGCACAGCGAUAACAUGCGUGGAGUCUUUUUGCAUGUUAUGGCGGACACACUAGGCUCCGUAGGUGUCAUCGUUUCAACGUUACUGAUCCAGGUGUACGGGUGGACGGGCUUUGAUCCUAUUGCCUCUCUUUUUAUUGCUGUCCUAAUUGCAGGGAGUGUCCUGCCUUUAGUCAUCGAUACAGGCAAGGUUUUAUGCCUAGAUGUUGCCGAACAAGACGUCAAGAUUGAGAGUGCUUUGUCUGAGCUAAGAUCUAUCGAGGGUCUCGCCUCCUAUUCCCAACCGCGAUUUUGGCCCAAAGAUGCCUCAAAAACGAUUGGAUCAAUACAUAUACAACUUGCACCAUCUUCAGCAUCGGUCGAUCCCGGUGGUCCCCACUCUAGUCAAAGACUGUCAUACACGCAAGUAGAUCGCGUCACUGAGCGUGUCGACACUCUUCUGCGGCAAAGAAUUAGUGGUUUGGAGGAAUUGACAAUACAGGCUGAAGAAGUCAAGGGUUAUACAACGACGUGA